UCCGUGCUAACUGCAAGUGCCUCAUACUCUUGUUCCAUAAACGUGCAUCAUGGAUCCACCAACUGAAAACGAUGAAUUUCAGUUACCUCUGUACGACCAGCCGGAUUCCGCCGACCAGCACCCAUCAACAAUGGAUAAGAAUGUUGACCAACUACAGAUAGAUUUCACCGACCCGCAACCGUCAACAAAGAAUAAGAACGGCGAGCGUAAAGUGACGGGAGGAAGAAAACCAGUGCCGCAUUUUGCAGCGCAGUGCAGGAAAAAGGGCAAUUUUCUGCAUUGCUUUGAAAUAGUCUGCAUCAUCAUCCUGACAACCUGUGUAGUGCUACUCUACCUCGACAGUAAGAAGCUGAUGAGCCCAGCCGAAGAAAGCGCUGAAAUU